UAGACCUUUGCCUGGCACACCCCCAUCCCGGUAGCUCUUUCAGGAACAAGAUACCUGUGCCUCUCCCCUGGUCCCCCAAUCCGGGCACCCCGGGACAACAGGGCCAGAGGAUGCUGACUCAACCUGCAACUCCCUUUCCCACGACCCCAGGGCUCACUGCUGGGAAGGAGGUGGAGUCUCAGAACAGUCCCCGGACCAGAAGUCUAUGCCAACCCGGGCCUACCCCUGCCCCCAUCCAAGUGGCCUGACUUCCUGGGACCACUUUGCCCAAGCUCUGGAGCUGGAGAAAGGAUGCCUGCAGAGCUCCAUGGGGCCACUGGAGGUCAGCCGGGAAGCCUUCAACUGGGAGGAGGAGUGUCUGCUGGACGGGGAUGGAGACCUCAGGCUGGCCUCUUCGAAGGUGGGGGCAACUCCCUGGAACCGCCUCCUCACCUUGUACAAGCAGCUUCAGAAAUCGACCAUGACCAAGUUUCCUCUCAAGGAAGCCUUACUCCAUGAGGAGGAAAGUGAAGAAGAGGAAAUGGAGGAAGAGGACAGCUCAUUCAAGCUCUGUGUCCCAGGCAUUGCCACACUCCAGUCGCCAAUCCAUAAGACUUUUAGAUCGACAGAUACAGUGGGUUUCAUGGAGUCAGAGUUAAAGAAGCUUCUGGUAGUACAGCGGGAGUCCCGCCUCUGGAAGAUGGGCAUUCAUGAGGACCGGGAGCUACUGACCCAACCAGAGAUCACCUUGGAGGAGGCGGGCAUUUUGGAUGGCCAGGGACACCAAGCUGAGGGGGAAGGAAGCCGCCCCCCACUCUUUGGGGAAUGCUGGGGACCUGGGGGAGGGGUGCUGAGGCAGCUGAAGCGACACCCUAGGCUGGAGGGAAGAGUGCAAAGCCCCCUUGGUGUGGUGUCCAAGACAGAGCACCUACUCCUGGAGGAGAUGGAUGAGAUGGGAAACUGGCCUCCAGAGUGAAGCUGCUGCUGGCUGAGUCUGCCCUGCCCCGAUCCCUGGAACCUGCACAGGGAUGCAGCUCCCCUCUGCUAAGGGAACAUCCAAGGAGCUCCUGGGGCCAGGGGGUCUUGGGAUAAAUGGUGUCCAUGUGUCUGCAGGGUGGGCCUGCCCAGCAGGCUGUCCCCCCAUCAGACUCAGGCCUAUGACGUCAUUAA